AUGGCAGCAGCUCUGUGGGGCUGUCUGGCUCUUACACUCGGCCACCACCGGCUCCUACAGGGUCUUCUGCAAGGGGCUGACCCAAAUACUGCUCGUCUUAGACCUGACCUGGUAGCUGCGCAUCAACUUCCCCUACGUCUUCAUCAUAGCUUCCAUGACGCUCAAAGUCCACAUGCAGAAGAAAUUCAGCUUCAGCAGCUGUUCAGAGGAAGACUGGAUCUGUUCUUUGCUCCUGCAAAAGAGUGUUUUGCUGGGGUGUCCUGUGGCACUGGAGAAGCUCAGGUGAGGCACUGGCUGGGAGGAGGGCCCACUGCCACUGAGAGCCACAGAGGACAGAGCCACAAAGGAGAGCCUGGGGAGUCAGGACUACCAUCCUCUCAAAAAUGGUCAGAAAUGGGGAUUUGUGAGGCUGAACCACCAAGUGCUCUUCUGGAGAGGCUAGACUCUGAGUUGGAACUGUCUUGCCUGCAUUCCAUCCUGUCUACACUGCCAGCACAUCCCCAAAUAUUCUUGAAUGAUGAGACAAAAUGUGUUUUCCCUGGCCAUUCAAAGCUCAUGUUUUCAGAGCAAACAGUAGAAUACAAGAAAAUACUUUCAUGUGAAAAAAGUACCUCAAAUGAUCUGCAGAUAACACUGGCAUUACUGGCUCUACAAGCUUUUGAAUUUGCAAAUCUGUUAUGUCAUAAUUAAGGUACAAGCAGAACAAUAAAAAUAGAUUAAUUUUAAAAGUCCUAAAUGAUUUCUUUUGCAUUAAGUCUGGAUGAAAACCAUGCAGCCAUGAAGCUCCUGCUUUGGUUUGUAUGACCAGAUAGACUUAAAGUAAGUGGAAUUCAAAUUCAUGGAAAGCUGGUUGAUAUGGAAGGAAAUUUUUGACUUUUUAAUUGUGCUUGAAAGACAUUCAGGAUUGGGAAACCAUUUCAAGGAGAAUAUUGAUAUAUCCUACAUAAAUAUCAGAUUAGACCCUAAAGAUUUAACAUGAAGCAUUUAAUAUGCCUUCAACACCCAUUCUAAAGGGCUACGGUCCCAGAUACUGUCUCUCCAGACUGUCUCUGACCAUCUAAUGGAAGUAGAUAUUUGUAAAAUCAACCCCUCUGUACUUGCUCUG